UGUUAGAAUGUUACAAUUUCAGAAAUGCUCGAAGUUAUUCUAGUUCUGUUGAUGUUCGACAAUUCAUUAGAACAAACACCAAAUGUUAAAGAUGUUAGAAGUAGUGAAGAGUUUGGAACGAAGCUGGUAACUGGUUUAAGAGAAGAUGCUAAUUUGGAUUUAUCAGCGGACGAGGAAUACGAGGAUUUGCGAGCCGAAUUACUGGCGUACCACACCGCCCUGGCAUCUCUUGCUUCCUCGCGAAGGUCGAUGAUGACGACACCGUGUUGGAACCUCGGAGGGAUUUGUAUUGAUAGUAAACUUUGCACUGGAUUUCGCUUCCUCACCGAAGUACCCGGCUGUAAAGAUAAGAUAAGGGUCUGUUGCUUCGCUUGGAAUCGUUUCAACGUAAGAGAUAUGCGAGGACACGGAAUCGGAGCGUUAGCUAUGCCGUGGAGUUUGCAUCGUGAAUUCGGUGGAAAGGGUAUAAGUGUGAAGGAAGAAGAAACGCAAAAGAAAUUAAAGAAAAAGAAAAAAGUUAAAACAGAAAAUACGUUACGAUCGAAAGUUGUAGCGGUUAUUUUGAAACCAUGA